CACUUCCUUUGGGCCCUCCGUUGCGCACUUGCGCCGCUUGUUCGGUGCAACAACAAUCGCAAUUCGCAAUGCCUUGCGUGCGAGUUCCAAUCUCCUGAUCCCAAUCCAUCCUCAGACCUUAUCCGAUCCAAUCUACAACAAACUAUCCGUCUCCGCCGCCGAUUCUCCGGGGUUCUUCUCGCAGCAGCACCAAUCUGGGUGGGGUUUAAGUGUUUAACAGCUCGAUCAGUCCGAGAUACGCGCGCCGAGAGGAAAGAAGGAAAUCAGCGCGGAUUCGUUGCGGCGAAUCGAGUUCUUAAAUUGCGAGCGAUCGGAGGAGGCAGGGUUCUGUUUCUCUCUCUAUCUCUCUGACCGACGGAGAACAGGGGAGAGUCUAAGAAGUGGAAGAGGUGCCGCCGGUGCUAGUGAAUCCUUUGGUUGGUGCGUAGGGGGAAGGCAAGAGGAACAAGAGGAAGAGAGAUGGGGGCCCUGCUGUGCUGCCUGCACGGCCCGGAUGACGGCGCGGCGGCGGCUCCCGGCUGCUACUUCUGCCUGCCAUGGCCUUUCGUUUACCACGCCGACUCGGGCUCUGUUGCUCAGCAAAGAGGUGAUACACGGGUCGCACCCGAUCAUGGAAGGGUUCCUCUUGUGGCUCGCAACGCCACAGGACAAGUGGAUUCAAUGGAUACUUUCCACUCCCCUCCACGGCCUUUGCCUUUUGAUGAUCCUCAAUUCAGCCCUCGGACAGAGCAACACCCAGUAAUGUCAGGACAUGACAAAGCGUCAACACAGUUCCAGAAACCUGGUCAACUUACAGAAAGCAAGAAUACUGAUAAUGGAUCAACUUGCACAGCUCAAAAGUUCGAUGGGUCAUCUGUAAAAUACCAUUCAGGAGGUUCGAGAAUUGAUCGAAUACAAGCCUGUGAUUUUUUAGACAAUGGGGAUGACUGUCCAAUAUGCCUGGAAGAAUAUCAUUUUGAGAAUCCGAAGAUUGCGUUGCAAUGCAACCAUAAUUUUCAUCUUAGUUGCAUUUACGAGUGGAUGGAAAGAAGCCAAGCAUGCCCUGUCUGCGCAAAGGUAAUGCUGUUCAAUGAGGACGAAUAACCUUGCUGCUUCAAAUGUGAAGACUCAGGCUGGAUCCUAUAUGUUGUGUACAUAGCGUUGAUGAAGUACAGUCGCUAGAUUGUUUUCUGGAACUUCCAGCAAAGAUCCAAAGAUUUUCGACAAAAUAUGGAAGAUCAAAAUUCAAGCUUGAACUGUAUAGUAAACCAUUGCAAAAUUUCUUCAGGUAAAAUGAUAUAUUGGACCAGGAAGCUAACAGCCUAAAAGACAAAUAUACAUCCAGCAGACAUGCAAGCCUGGGCUGUUUAUCAGGUAGCAACAUAAUUUUGAGAAUUUUUUUGGCCGAAACGAUCAAAAUUCCAAAUCAUAUGACUUUGAGUCCCAUCCCCCCCCCCCCCCCCCCCAAAAAAAAGAGAAAAGAAAAGGAAAAAAAUAAAUACCACUUUGGGGAGGGAACACCUGCAUGCAGAGGAAGCCAUGUGUCAUUGCUACUUGGGCCCCCUAAUGAGUCUUAAGUGGAUGAUGAUUUCGCAAUUGAUUUGCUACUAAUGCUGUUGUAUCAGGAUGGUGAGGUAACUUUUGCUAUAAUGCUGUUGUAUCAGGAUUUGCUAUAAUGCUGCUGUAUCAUGAUAGUGAGAUAGUGCAUGCAGGUUGAUAUAAUAUUCCCAAAGCUAAUGCAGCCGAAAUGCAUAAUAUUAAAAUUGAUUGAAUA